AUGGCUGCUAAGAUGCCAACCCCGCCUCCACAUGGUCCUAUCCCCGUCAACUACAUUAACGAUAUGCCGGAUGUGCCAGUCACUCCGGCAAGACGAGUUGCACGGUAUCAUAGUGACGAGUAUAUCCCUCGUGCUGAGACCGAUUAUGAGAAAAGGGAAAUAUCCCCAGUCAGCGCCAACGUAAGCGAUCCUCAUACCCACGAAACUAUUCGCAUCUACUCACCUGAGAUUGUUCAGCAGCAAAAUGCUGCACCAGUCAUGCCACAAGCGCCUCUUGCAUCCAUCCCACCACUUCGAGGCAUGAACACUCAACGCCGUGCAUCACCAGACUACGACACAGCUGCACCUUCACAGCAGAGGCGCGAUUCAGGAACUGGUAUGGGCACGUUCGGCUCUCCCUUCCAGACACCAGAGAAAAAGCCUACGAUUGUAAAUCGACAUACUCCUUCCAUGUACGCCACUUACCACGAUGCAUCCACCUUGCAUUCCCCCGAAGAUCAGCAACCCAUUCCACAAACUCUCACACCCGCACGUUACGAUCCUAAGGCCAACCUCGCACCAUCAGCUGCCGCCACACUUGCUUCCUCGCGCCUCAGUAAAGCUCGCCAAGGUCUUCCGUCACAACAGCAAAGCAAGCCUACUAUACCUGCACGGCCCGAAGCUAGACAACAAAUGAGACCAGAGACCCAGUACUCUGAAUUCAACUUCGACCAUGGUCUAGACCACGACGACGAACCAGAGUCUCCAAUAGGAAGUCCGCCAAGAGAAGCAUACAAGUCUCAAGCUGUCUCAAAUCCAUACACUCAGCCACGAGCCAAUCCAACAUCAACAUUCGACAGCAUGAUACCCGCAGCACCAAGCUCACAAUUCGACAAGAGCAAGCAAGACAAGCACGCAACGAACGCAACUACAUUCACGACCAUGCUGAAGAAUGUCGGGUUCCCGGAUCCUGGAGAUCAGCUAGGCAGGGGCGUGCCGAAAGUGCCCAAGUUGGAUAUGAGCAAGGUUAAUGGGAAGCAGGCUUGGAUGUGA